AUGCCCUCCCUCCUCGAAGACCCAGCAAACCACAUCCCACCCCCCCAAUCCGCCAUGCAAGCCGCACCGACCCUUCAACCCCGCAAAAUUACCCUGAAAGACUCCUCCCCGGUGACGUUGUACCCGAUCGCGCACGGCGCGUCAUCCGUUCCCUCGGAUCUGAUCACCCUGUUACACCGGGAAUUCAGCGCCGAGAUCGUCCGCGGCACGACAUAUCCCAUGGAAGAGCCUCUGGGGCGGGACCAGUUUGCUCAGUAUUGGUUUGGAACGUUUGCCGUGGUGGCGGUGCUUGGCCAUGACGAUGGCUUGAAGGAAGGGAGGGAUUGGGAGAGGGUUUGUUUGGGGACGUUUUAUAUAAAGCCGAAUUAUCCUGGACGAUGCUCGCAUGUCUGUAAUGCUGGGUUCUUGACGACGUCCGCGGCGAGGAAUCGAGGGGUGGGAAUCGUUAUGGGGGAGACGUAUUUGGAGUAUGCGCCGAAAUUGGGAUAUAAAUAUUCCGUGUUCAAUCUCGUGUUCGAGAAUAAUGUCGCCUCCGUCAAAAUCUGGGAGAAAUUGGGCUUCAAGAUCAUCGGACGUGUGCCGGGGGCUGGCCGUCUGGCGAAUAGUCCAGAACUGGUGGAUGCCUUGAUCAUUGGGCGCGAGUUGGUAUAA